UAUAUAUAUAUAUAUCUUGCAACACUGUGCCAAAAAAAUAGUCUUUUAUAAUCUUCAUCAAUCCCUUUGAAUUGUUCUUUAAAACAACUCAUGAAACUUACACACCAGGCUUAACCAAAGUUUGGAUACUGGCAUUGUGAGAAUGGAUGAUAACGCGGUGAUCGUCUUUUUUUCUCAAUAAAUGUUGUGGAUUUUACUUAGUGAAGAUGGAGCCAUUUUACAUGAACAUCGAUAGCCCUUCUAUUGAAGAACCAUCUUUUGAGCAGUUAAUUCAUCCAAUGUCUCCUGAGAUAAGUGACAUAUCCAGAGAUCCUCAACUGAAUCCUCGAGUUGGAAGUGAAUAUCAGGCAGAAAUUCCUCCGAUGAUAUCGGAAUCCGAGUAUUCCUGCCUUUUACUUAAUCCUUUAGAUUCACAAGGCAGUGUCGAUGGUUCUUGUUCCUUUUUGAUGGGUCUACCCUUCCCAGUUACUUGGGUUUGUAUUGAAGCAAGUGAUAAAAAGAAAGAGGAUAAAGGAUGCAGAAUGAACAACACUGACAAAUCAUACAAUGCAAGUAGUAGGUCUAGAAAGUUUAUAGCUUUUUUGAAGGAUAUGAAGAAUGGUUCAAAACAAUAUGCUGAACCACCCGACCUUGGAUUGGGAGAUGGACAUGAGUCAAAACCAGCCAAUCUUCGACACAAGGUGGCAGUGAAAGCUAAUUUAUCUCAGCUGCAUAAAUACAAGAACUUUGAUCUUGCUCCUGGCUCUUUCUAUCAUCCAUGGAGUGAUUCUGACAAAAACCAUUUUAUCCUUGGUUUAUAUAUAUUUGGAAAAAGUUUUUUCCAGAUAAAGAGAUUCAUUGGCAAGAAGAUGGGGGACAUUCUGUGUUUUUACUAUGGGGACUUUUACCGAUCUGAUGGAUACCGCAGGUGGUCACGUUGCCGGAAGAAAAAACGAAAGAAAUGCAUAUAUGGAGAAAAACUUUUUACAGGGUGGAGGCAACAGGAAAUUCGCUCCCGUUUGCUUCCUCAUGUGCCAGAACAUAUGAAAAUUCCUUUUGCGGAGGUCUUUACGGCAUUUUCUGAGGGAAGAUCUUCCACAGAAGAUCUUGUUACCCACUUACAGGCUAUGGUUGGUGUUGGAGCUCUUGUAGAUGCCAUUGGAAUCGGUAAGGGGAAGGACGAUCUUACUAAUAUCUCCGAGGAACAUGUAAAAAACAAUCAAUUGCUCACAGAUUGCCUAACUGGUAAAGCAUGUUCCUCUCUGACUUCUGGUGAGAUAAUCAAAUUAUUGACUGGGGGUUUCCGUUUGAGCAAAGCUCGUUCCAAUGAUAUUUUCUGGGAAGCUGUUUGGCCCCGUUUGCUAGCAAGAGGGUGGCACUCAGAGCUACCAAAGGAUCAGAUGAACAUUUCCAUUCAUUCUCUGGUAUUUCUCGUUCCCGGUGUUAAGAAGUUCUCAAAAAGGAAACUUGUGAAAGGUAACCACUACUUUGAUUCUGUUAGUGAUGUUCUGAGUAAAGUGGCAUCCGAACCAAAUCUCAUUGAACUUCCAAACGAAGAAGCUGGAGGCAGUGCCUGCAAUGAAGAGGAUAGGUGGGUUCCAGAAGUAUCUUCGGACCAUGAUGAUCCAUCGAUCCAACAAUCCCAUCGUUACCUUAAACCUCGAGUUUCUAGCUGCAAUAUUCACCGUGUGAAGUUUACCAUUGUUGAUUCCGGUUUGAUUGGUGGAGGAAAAUUGUCCAAGACAAGGGAAAUGAGUUUUACACCAGAAGAUUUAAAAGUUAAAUCCUUGUUAACUACUCUUUCAGUUUCAAGUAGCAUUGGAAUGAAGUUUUUGGAGGACUCACAAAACAACGACGAGUUGGAGGUUUCUGAUACCUCAAUGGAUGGUUUAAAGAACAUCAACAAAAUUGAAUGUAAUGAAAAAAUCUCAAAUGGCUGUGGCUCUAACCGUACAAAGUUCACUGUGGUGGAUACCAGUUUGAUCGAUAUCGGAAAGUCAUCAAAGGUGAGAGAACUGAGAUAUUCACCAGUUGACCUCAUAGCUACUUCUGGAUUUAACCCUUCAUUAAGAAACAAUGAAGGGAAUUCCUUGAAGGAAUCAUUGGAUGGACUUGUGGUGGUGGCUACAAAUAAGGUGCGAAGCCGGAAAAAGAAAGACCGAAGUAAGGAUAUGACUGAUAGAAUUAGAUCAGACAAGAAGGAUCUAAAUGAAGCUACCAUGAACAAAUUGGCGGGAGGCCUUCAGGAUAGUAACAAUCUGUUGGUUAUAAGUCCGUCGACAGGAACUAUAAAGCACAAAUUCAGUCGAAGACCGAAAUCUAGCCAAUCGGAUAGUUCAGUUCCUGUUGUGAAACUGCGGAGAUUAACUGCUUGUAAUAAAACAGAGAUAAGCCAUGUGAUUGACAAUUUUUCUGUCAGCUUGGGGUCAAAACCUGAAGUCUCGUUAUGUGCUUUGAACACAACAGAUGAAUGCAGCAAUUCAUUUCAGGUUAUUACUCCUGAGGAAUUAUCGAUUACUACUUCGCUAGUUGAAGGAUGCGCGGAACCGAAAGGUGAAAAUUUGAAAUAUCAAACCCCAUGUGUGAUCGACUUGAAUCUGCCUACAGUUCUACUGAACUCUGAAAAUGAUGAAUCGGCAAUGAUGAAAGGAAUAAAUGUAAACGAUUGUGCUGAUGCUGAUGCUAUGGCGGAGCAGCCUGAUAUGAACCCGAGAAGACAAAGCAAGAGAAACAGACCUUUGACUGCGAAAGCAUUGGAAGCUCUAGAAUGCGGAUUCUUGGGUAGUUCGACUCUGAAGAGACAAAAGAGCAUGCAAAUUGGCACACAAGGCAAAGGACAUCAAAGAAACUCUUAAGAAAAGAGGAAUUUGUCGACUAAACUUCUGAUAGAACAAUUGUGGAUCUCUAGGCACUGAAAAUAUAUUAGAAUUAGUGAGCUUUGUUUUGGACCUUUUGGUAUAUCACGUAGCAAUGGCAUCCGAAGAAGGCAAACACAAUACAUAUGCAUAAGUUCAUUGUUUUCAAGCAUGACAAUUUCAGGAUUUCAUCAUAUAUUUCGAUCAUUGUUGAUAUAAGUUCGCCAUAACAUCAAGCUAACUAUCGAUGAGCUAGGGAUGUUGAGGUAGUCAAUUUUUUCGCUCGUAUGAGAUUCAAAUACUAAUAGGUCGACUUAAGUGGCAAUUUGUCCUCUCAACUUGCAAGUGAUGAUUAAUUUGUACAG